AUGGAUGGUUCAGAAGACUCAAUUAGAUCAGCUUUGUCUCUAGUCAAUCAGUAUUCCAAAUUCUCUGGACUGAAGCCAAAUUAUGAUAAAACUCAAUGUAUUAGGAUUGGAUCUACUGUUCAUACUGAUGAUAACUUGUGUGAUAAAUAUCAAAACUUGAUGUGGUCACAGGAACCAUUUACAGUGUUAGUGCGAGGCGACUGCCGAGAUGGAUGGACAAAGUUUCAAGGAAGCUGUUAUUUAUUCGCUAGUGAAGCAGCGACUUGGGCGGAAGCCGUGUCAUAUUGCCUCAGUAUGAACUCGAAUCUUGUUGAAAUUGGGAGCGCCACCGAGAAUGCAUUUUUAGAAGGAGAACUUAAGAUCAUACAUGGUCAUGAUUCCCAUUCUAAGAAUCAAAAUGAAGUGUCUUACUGGUUGGGAGGAAAUGAUAUGGAAAUUGAGGGAUCCUUCACGUGGGCCAAAAGUGGUAACCCUGUGACCUUUACGGACUGGAAUCCAGGGCAACCAGACGACUAUAGCAACGGCGAGGACUGUAUAGAGCUUCAAGGGGCCAUGGACUACCACUGGAAUGACCUUCCCUGCACCAACAGACAUAGAUUUAUCUGCGAAUCUUCGUAA